UCAGUCUGUCGCCAUGUUUCACACAGAAGCAUCUGUCAAAUACUUAUAAUAGUCUUAUUGAGCGCUGUGUUGGUCAAAGUGCAAACGCAAAAGUGUUUUGUGACCCAGACUCUGGGGGUAGCGCUACAGCGGAUGGUCGGCGCUCAGGACGGUGAUUUUACGAGUGUCUUUUAAUAAAAAUUAAAUUGGCACGCGAUGCACCAUGGAGGAGGCCCACCAAAUGUGCAGAGGAACCUUCAGAGAUCCAAGUCCUUCACUGGGUCUGAGGCAGAAGACCAACAACAGCAGCAAUCACAGCAGCCACAACAACAACAGCAGCAGCAGCCUGUUCCGGUUACCCAGCAACAGUCUGCAAACGCCAAUCUCCCACAGUCACCGGUGACAUCUUUUGCUCCCUCAGCAAGUCCCUCUGCCCCACAGUCUCCCAAUUAUCAAAUUAUCAUGAGCCGGAGUCCAGUCACAGGCCAGAAUAUGAACAUCACUUUACAGAAUGUGGGUCCAAUGGUUACUGGGAACCAGCAGAUCACCCUCACCUCUCUGCCUCUCCAGAGCCCAGCGUCCCCCGGCUUUCAACACCAGCCCCAACAGUGGAGAUUUGAGCCUGGCUCUUCAUCUUACAUCCAGGUGACAUCACCUUUACCCCAGACCAUGCAACCUCAAAGCCCCACCCAGCACAGUCCAGUCCCCCUACAAGCUGUGCCCAGGACCACUGCUCCUGGGUCAGCCUUGGGGGUGUGUGCUCAAAGCCCGACACGAUUUGUGGAAGCAAACAUAAUGGUUAGGCAAAUAAAUUUGAGCAGCCCACCCGGAAGUGGUCAUUUUGUAUACCAGGAUGGAGCAGGAUUGGCAACAGGAACUGUUCAUCUGACCUCACCUGGUACGCCAGGGGCUGUCAGAGAAAGACGCCUCUCCCAGCCACACUCUCAACCUGGGAGCACCGUACACCAUAAGGCCUCGCAUAGUCCUGUUCCAACUUUGGGCAGCCCUGGACCAAUCACCACCUCCAACCUGCCUCCUCAGAUCAGUAGCAUCAUCCAAGGCCAACUAGCCCGACCCUCCAUGUUUGAGAAGACAAGUCAAAGUGUGGUCGGUGUGGGAAACUCUGCAGCAGCUACUUUUGGGGUCCCGUCCACCAUUCCUCCCUCCAGCCCAUCCAGGAGUAACUCUUCCCAAGGCCUUUCCAGCCAAUCUCUGACCCCCACCAGCAUGAAGAAGAUGCAGCCAAAGAAGCUGGAGGAAAUUGCUCCCUCAAACCCUGAGGUGGCGCAGUUGAGGAAGCAGUGUCUGGAGCAUCAUGGGAAAAAGAUGGAGGGUCUGAAGGAGGUGUUUAAGGAGUACCUGAUCGAGCUGUUCUUUCUGCAGCAUCUGCAAGGGAACAUGAUGGAUUACAUUGCCUUUAAGAAAAAGCCUUGUGUUCCUCUCUUCACCUACCUGAGGCAAAACGAUCUGGAUCUUGAAGAUGAAGAGGAGGAAGAAGAACAGUCUGAGGUCAUCAACGAUGAGGUGAAAGUAGUGACUGGAAAGGAUGGACAGACAGUGACUCCGGUUGCUAUAGCUACACAACUCCCACCCAACGUGUCUGCAGCGUUCUCGACUCAGCAGCAGUUCCAGACUCAUGCCGGGGUGGCAAGUGGCAGCAUCUCUAACCCUGUGGACAUGGAGGCUUUCAAACGGCAGCAGGCCAUGGCACAAGCAGGAGGCAUGCCCCCCACCCCACAAACAGUCCAAAUUGGUGGGCAGAAACAGAACCAACAGCAAUAUGACCCAUCCAAAGGUCCCCCUGUCCAGAACGCUGCCAGCCUUCACACGCCACCUCCACAGCUUCCAGGCCGCCUUCCUCAGGCAGGCCUGCCUCUCUCUUUGACCCAGGGACAGGCCAUGGUGGUGGAUCAGCAGGCUGCGGUAACUGGAGGACAGCUCCAAUUGAAGGUGCAGGGUGCCGGGGCUGUCCUGGCUUCAGUCAAUCCACAUGCACAGCUGCAGGCCCAGCUUCAGCAGAUGCAGUCAGGACUUCACCUACAGAUACAGCAGCAACAGCACAUGCAGCAAUCUGUCAUGCAACCCGGACAGGCAACUGUCACACUGGUGCGUCCUGGAGCAGAAACUUCCCAGCCUGCCCAGCGCUUGAUGUCCAACUCUCUUUCCAAUCCUGUCAUCUCUUCUGUUCCUCUCACAUCCCCAUCCUCUCUCCCCUCCCCACUCACCUCUGCCCCAGUCCGUACCCCCAGUAACGGCCCCAGCCUCUCUCCAGUGGCCCAGUCCAAACUUACUGCCACAAAUGGCACCAUCGGGCUGAAACUGUCCAGCCUGGGUCAGAGCUCGAUUGGACAGAACUCACAGGAAAGCUCUCAGGACAAGCAAGCAGAACAAGCCAAGCUGGAGAGCCAUGUACAUCAGCGUAUCGCAGAGCUUAGAAAAGAGGGUCAGUGGUCAGCUAGCAGAUUGCCCAAGCUGCAGGAGUCCUGCAGGCCCAAAUCCCAUUGGGAUUACCUACUGGAAGAAAUGCAGUGGAUGGCUGCUGACUUUGCUCAGGAAAGGCGCUGGAAGAUGGCUGCGGCCAAAAAGCUUGUGCGCACAUGUGCACGUUACCAUGCUGAACAGAAAAAGAUGGAGGAACGUGAGAAGAAAGAGGAGGAGAUGAGACUGCGGCACAUCGCCAGCACCAUCGCUCAAGGGGUUGACUACUUCUGGUCCAAUAUUGAACAGGUUGUUGAAAUCAAGCUGCGUUUUGAGAUCUAUGACAAACAAAAAAAAGUUCUCUGCUUGCAGAAGGCUUCAAGUAAAGGCCAGUGUGCUAAAUCGGGCCAGUUAUCUGAUAAAGAGAGUAAACGGGAGACUGGUCCAUCUCGCAAGAGGAAGUCAAGCACCUCGCUGUCAGAUGUGGAGGUUGAAGAUGAGGAAAGUACAAUAGAGGAGCAGGAGGCUACUGAGGCUGCAGCAGAUCAGAAGGCAGAGCUGGCAGAACUAACAAAAGAAGCUGAAGUGCCAUUGGAUGAUCUGGUGAAGCAGUACGCUGGUGCUUACGCUGAGGGCUUUGAGUGGCCACAGCCUUCCAGCCAGAGUGAGGAUGAAGACCGAGAAGAAGCUGAAGACACGAACACUCCGUUGGACAGUCCGCAUGAUGCAGUACUGAUAGACUCUUUGCUGAGUAUGGAUCAGUACCGUGGGGCUGAGCGGACAACUUCAGGUCCGGAUGGGAAACCCACAAAAGACAUCGCAGAAGUUGCAGCAGCAACAGACCUGAUUUUACCCAAAGGCAGCGCCAGGAUUACGCUGACUAAUCGUUCCUCUCCUCCCUCUCUUCUGCAUGGAUCUCUGAGAGAGUACCAGCAGGUCGGGGUGGAGUGGUUGGCAAGCCUCCAUCGCAAAAACCUCAACGGCAUCCUGGCAGAUGAAACUGGCCUUGGCAAGACUGUACAGACUGUGGCUUACUUUGCCCACUUGGCCUGCAACCAGGGUAUAUGGGGGCCACAUUUAGUUGUGGUGCGGACUUGUAAGCUGCUGAACUGGGAAAUGGAGUUCAAACGCUGGUGUCCCGGAUUGAAGAUACUCCUGUACCUUGGUAGUAGAAGACAACGCAAAUAUAAGAGAUUGAGGUGGUGCGAGCCCAACAGCUUCCAUGUGUGUGUGACUUCAUACAAGCUCCUGCUUAAAGAUCAGUCUCAUUUCUUGAGGCGGCGCUGGAAACAUCUGGUACUGGAUGAGAUACAGCUCAUCAAGAACAUGACCGAGAAACACUGGGAGACUAUCUUCAACAUAAAGAGUCAGCAGAGGAUCCUCCUAAUCAACACACCUCUACAAAAUACUCUGAAAGAGUUAUGGACAAUGAUCCACUUCCUCCUGCCAGGAAUCACUCACCCAUACCUCAACUUCCCCAUCAAACCCGGCACCGAUCAGAACCAGGACUACUGCCACAAGCUGGUCAUCAGGCUGCACAGGAUGAUCCAGCCCUUCAUCCUGCGCCGUUCCAAGAGAGAUGUAGAAAAGCAAAUGCCUAAGAAGUAUGAGCACAUUCUCAAGUGCCGUCUAUCAAAGAGGCAGAAGAGCAUGUAUGAGGACAUCCUCAUUCAGCCCAGUGCACAGGAGGCAUUGAAGACGGGACAUUUUGUCAGAGUCCUAGAGGUUCUUAUGCAGCUGCAGAAGAUCUGCAACCAUCCAGACCUGAUUCAGCCCAGAGACACACACAACUCUUAUGUAUGCCAGCCACUGCAAUAUAACACCCCUUCAUUACUGCUCAACGCCCUGCAGCAGGACCAGUGGAAGACCGUAGAUUUGUCACUGUUUGACCUGAUCAAUAAUGAAGGGAAAUUGACCCGUUAUGAAGCGGAGGAGGCUCUGCCAAAAAUCAGAAUGACCAAACAGCUGAUUGAAGAGAUCUAUAAUGCACGUGACCCACCGGCAAGACCCAGACCAUGCAAGAUCAAACCUAUGAGGUUGUUCCUGCCUGUGCAGUAUGGGACAAAGCCUGAGGGGCGUCUAGUGCCCAUGACUAGCAGCACCACUCAAGCCCCUCGCACCACCACUGUUACCACUGCCCCAACCACCACUACCAACCCUGUUACUGCUGCUUCAAACACACAGCCCAGGGGCAAAUCACCUCUGACCACAAGCACUUCUGCACAGGCCUCCAUAAUCAACUGCUCAUCAGGACCACUUUUAACCGGAGCCAUUCCCAAUCCCCCCUCUAUCCCUCUCUCGGUUGGUGUGCCAGGGGUCACCACUAUGCCUGCAGUGACCCCCCAGGCCCCUGCUCCUCUCCCCCUCCAACCCAGUUUGGUGUCUCAGAGGCUGGUGCUCAGCUCCCAGGCCCAGGCACGCUUGCCUAGUGGAGAUGUGGUGAAGGUUGCUCAGCUGGUUGGUCAGAGCCGGAUCGCUCAGCCGGAGACUCCAGUGACCCUGCAGUUUCAGGGCAACAAGUUCACUUUGUCCCAGAGUCAGCUGCGUCAGCUCACCACCGGUCAACCCCUGCAGCUCCAAGGUACACUCGGUAACAUCCUGCAGAUUGUGUCAGCUCCUGGACAGCCUCUUCUCAGGCCUCAGGGGCCACCUAUGGUGAUGCCUACUGUCCCCCAGGCUGUACCUGUGCAAAACUCCUCAGGCACGCCACCUCCUGCAACCUCCACACCACCACAAGCAAACACCAUGGCAAGCACCACAGUCACCUCAGCCAACACAGACAUCGAAACUAAUGCUAAACAUUCAACUAAUUCCACAUCACAGGAUUCGAGUGAGGAAAGGAACAGGCAGCUGAAAGAGCGUUUGGCUAGUUUAUUUCACGCCAAUGAACGACGCUCCUCGCGUUCAGUGUUAUAUGGCACUGACCUGGUCAAAACCUGCUCUGUCUAUGAGGGACGUCCUCCGCCGGCCUUCCCCGCUCCCCAACACUCUCGCUGGUCCUGGGUCGGCAGAGACAGCUGCAUCAGGGCUCAACAGACAUGCGUGUCCACGGUGGCUUCACUCCGUUCUGCAAUUCUCUCCAACACUGAGCAGGAGGCGGCAGCAAGCACAUUGUUGAAGAGGUUUUCCUGGAUCCUUCCUGCUGCUGUAGCUCCACCACCUCAACUGUAUGCAUGCAAUCCUCCACCAUCGUACAGCCUAGCGCAAAAAUCAUUCAGACGACAACUACAAGAAGCGUCAGCUCCAUUCAAUGCAGAGAUACGCAAAUUGGCAUGUCCUCCUGUCGCCAGCUUUCCUGAUGCACACAUGCUGGAGAUGGAUUCAGGAAAACUUGAGGCGUUGUCUAUUUUACUGCAAAAGCUGAGCGCUGAAAACAGGCGUGUGUUAAUCUUCACCCAGAUGGCCAGCAUGCUGGAUAUAUUGGAGGCCUUCUUAGACCACCGUCACCUCACCUACGUAAGGCUGGAUGAGAGUCUGUCACUGGAGGAGAGACAGGAGCAGGUCAAGAAGUAUAACCGCAACAGACAGAUCUUCUGCACUAUACUAACCAAUCGCUGCUGCUCAGCAAUGGGCCACGUGUUUGACGCAGAUACCAUAGUGUUUUAUGAUACAGACCUAAAUCCCAGUAUGGAUAUGCGCACUCAGGAGUGGUGUGACAAGAUCGGACGCUCUAAAGAUAUCCACAUCUACAGGUUGGAGAGUGGGAACUCCAUUGAGGAGAAGCUUUUGAAAAAUGGCACUAAAGACCUUAUACGAGAGGUAGCUGCGCAAGGCAUGGACUACACUCUGGCCUUUUUAACACAGCGCACCAUACAGGAUCUGUUUGAGGUGGAGGCUGGUUCUGGAGAAAAGGUGGAGGAGUUUGUGGUUCUCCACCAGGAGCCGUCUCCAUCUGAAUCCAUCCCCCCUCACGUGGCUAGACCCUACAUCCAGGCCCUAAACACCAUCCGACAGGAGACCCAAUUCGAAGAGGAGGAGAAGUUGGAAGUAGAUGAAGAUGUGAGAAGUAAUAAAGAGAAAGCGGGAGGGCCAGUAGAGAUAGAUAUGGAGGAAGGGACGAGAGAGGAGACGUCACAGUUAGAGGAGCUGGCAGCAGUCAUGGAGCAGCUGACUCCUAUUGAGAGAUACGCUCUGCACUAUCUGGAAUACCUGCACAUCAGUGAGGAUGAACAAGUUGUAAAGGAGCGCAUGGAGACUACUAAAAGAGGCUGGGAACUGCAACAACAACAAAAACUGAAGGUGGAGAAAGAGGAACAAAUGAUCCUAGAAGACGAGGAGGAUCUGCUCUCCUAUACCAGAGAGGAUGCAUACAACAUGGAGUAUGUGUUCGAGAAUGAGGAUGGACAAACAGAAAUAAUGCCGCUGUGGACUCCGCCAACUCCUCCGCAGGAUGAUAACGAUAUCUACAUUGAUUCUGUAAUCUGUCUCAUGUAUGACACUGCACCCAUGCCUGAGUCCAAACUACCCCCGGUCUACGUCCGCAAAGAGCGCAAGAGACACAUGGACCCAUCAGCUCUGGGACGUAAGAAAAAGAAGGGCCAUGGAGAAUCGGUUAUUCCUCCUCGCUCUCUCUUUGAUAAGGCCAGUCUGCUCAAGGUGAGACGGGAUGUCAAAGACCAGAAGAAGAACUUCUCUUUGAAGCAACAAGCUCCGUUCGCCAAACCGCUGCCAUCACUGCUUAAACCAGCCAUGGAGUCUGGACAGGACAAUCCUGAGUGGCUCAUCAGUGAGGACUGGGCACUGCUACAGGCUGUGAAACAGUUACUGGAGCUUCCUCUCAACCUGACUAUCGUCUCUCCAGCUCACACUCCUAACUGGGACCUGGUGAGUGAUGUGGUGAACUCCUGCAGCAGGAUUUACCGCUCACCAAAGCAAUGCCGUUACCGCUAUGAGAAUGUCAUCAUUCCCAGAGAAGAGGGCAAGCUAAUAUAUGAAGCUAACCCCAAGAAGAACAAGACCAAGAGCAUUUAUAAGUCCAAGAACAGUCGUCCUCUGCGUACGUGUCAGAUCUACACACAGGAUGACAACGCUACCCAGAUCCAGCUGUACAGCAACCGCUUUGAGCUAAUGAAAAUCAUUGCUAGCAAGAGGAGCCCACCCAUAAAACCACUACUGGGUAUGAAUCCAUUCCAGAAGAACCCCAAGCAUGCCUCUGUGCUGGCUGAGAGUGGGAUUAGCUACGACAAGCCUUUGCCUCCUAUUCAGGUUGCCUCUCAAAGAGCUGAGAGAAUCGCUAAAGAGAAAAAGCAGGCACUAGCCGAACAGCAGAGGGCUCAGCAGUUAGCCCAGCAGCAGCAGCAGACCACAGGAGCCGCUCAGCCUCAGGGAGCAGCAACACAGCCCCAAGCCCAGACACAGACCCCUGCAGCAGGAGCACAGGCCACCGCCGUUCCCCAGCCCAACCAACCUGGAGCAGCAGCAGUUGCCAACACCGCUGUACUGACUGGAGCCAUCAAGACUGCUGCAGCAGGCACAAGCAUCCAGCCAGCUGCUGCGACAGUGAGUGGGAAUGUGAUCGUAAACACUGUGGCUGGAGUUCCUCCGGGUCAGUUCCAAGCAAACAAACGUUUGGCAUCUCCUGUCAUACCUGGAGCCCUUCCUGCGACAGGAACCGCCACGGCUCAGGUGGUUCACGCUCGAGGAACAGUACCUGCUGCAGCGGCUCCUGCAGAAGUGGUAGCCAUCGCUACCAGUCAGAGCGUGAGAGCCGUCACACCGGUCACGGCGUCAGCUGUGGUGUCCACUAAUCUGACUUCGGGUCAGUCCCAAACACGCACGCUGGUGGCUACAGCUCCAGCUGUGCAGUUGUCUCAAAAUAAGCAGAUCCCACAACAGUUACUCUUCAGACAGCAACCGCAGGCCACAUCUCCACAAAUCAAAGCCGUUGGAAAGCCACAGCAGGAGCUGUUGAAGCAGAAGAAGCUGCAGAUGGCGCAGCAGCAGGUUGCAGCGGCAGUAGCUGCAGCUCAGGGUCAGCAGGCUCCAUCAACCCAGCAACCCCAGCAGGUUCAUGCCACGCCUGCGGCAACUACCAACCCUCAGAUCGCGACAGUCGCUGCGCCCCGAGCAGGAGCUGUCCUUGCUGGAACCACAGUCACCAACUUACAGGUGGCCAGACUGACACGUGUUCCAGCUCCAGGUUCCAUUCAGGCUCAGCCGGGUCAGACCGCUCAGGUGACACUGACCAAACCACCUCCGGUAGUCUCUGUUCCCGCAGUGGUUUCCUCCGGAGUCACAACUCUUCCUGUCACUAUGGCUGGCAUUAGUGUCGCCAUCGGACAAGCACCGAAAACAGGUGGUCCGAUGGUCACCCACCCGUUCCAGGUGCAGCAGGUGCAGCAGCUGUUACAUAGACAGAAGCAGCAGGCAGUGGCACAAGCGGCUGCAGUCCAGAAGGCAGCACAGCCACAGCAAACACAAGCUGCUGUGCAGCAAAAGGCGGCUCAAACCCCAGCCCAACAGCAGCAGAAAGUGUACACCACCGCCCCACUGCAACCCGGCAUCAAGACCCAGUUCUUCACCACCUCCAUCACACAGCCACAAAAAACUGCUGCAUCACCACAGAUACAAGUCACUAAGAUUCCUCAAAUAGUUCAGCAACAGAUCGUAUCCUCACCUCAACAGAUCCAGGCUCAGCCACAGACAGUGGCCCUGACGCAGGCAGCACCCGCUGCUGGUUCGGUCCAGACCCAGGCCCAGGUUCAGGUCAUCCCCGCAGGCACUGCACAGGUGGUGCAGCAGAAGCUCCUCCAGCAGCAGGUCGUUACAGCAGCAGCAGCUUCUCCUCAAAUCCAGACCCCACCACCACACAGUCCUGCCCAGCAGCAGAGCACAGCGGCACCCCCUGUCUCUGAGACUCCAGCGCAGCAGACCACCGCCACGCCACAGCCCCCGCAGGCCAAAGGAAACACCCGCACCGGGGCCGCUAUGCGCUCCAAAACACCCGCCAAACCCAGCGGUGGCAGCUAGACAGUCACAGGAGAAAGUAGCUGGCCACAUCGUAGGGCUUUGUUUUUCCUUUACCCCAUUUGUUUUGGGAAAACUGACCCUUUGUAAUACAGGAACUCACCAUUGCCUGUAUGUAUGGAGCUUUUUACAAUUUGAAGAAACGUUAAUAAGCUAACCAUGCUAGUUUCAUGCUAAUCGACCAUCAUUCUGCCAACGGCCUCCACUCUUUGGCCAAUGUUUUUUUUUCUUUUUUAAUGGCUUAAUAAUUGAAUCUCCUUUCCCAGGAGUAAAACAUGACUUUACGACUCGUUUUUUUUAUACUGAACUCUUUAACAGAGCCAUCAAACGCUCGCUGUUCAUUUCAGACUAUUCUACAUGCUCUGUUUAUACAGUGUUAUACAUGUCAUCACAUACUUAAAGUCAUGGAUCAAGUGCGGUUGGAUCGACUUCACUUCAACACUUCAUUUAGCGCGCCGGGAACUCUUUUGGCAGAUCAUCUCAACAUUUUUCAUAAUGUUCAAUCAGUCCAGUUGUAUGAGCGUCUCCCCGAUGUUUUCAUUUUAAUAGGUGUGGUGGUGUUGUCCCUUUGCUGUUUGUGUCGGUCAAUGUUUUUGAAGCGUUUAAUAAUCAUAAUCAAGAUUAGCAAGAGUCAGUGAACCCAACAGAAAUGGCAAAGUGCCAUUAGUUUGAUAUAGGCGACCCAUUCAAUCGCACUCUCCCCCAUAGAAGAAUUGAUUAUAAUAGCUUGUAUCAUGAAAACUCCCCUAAAAACAACUAAUUCUUGUUACCCAUUGACACAAGUUUAGCUGCAUGAAUGGAUACCACCUGAAAACUGUCUGUGGAUGUGUACUAGUGUGUGAAUUGUGUGUGUACAACACUUCAAAAUGUGAAUCAACAAGGAACUGAUGGAAAGCUCAUCCUGCACUGUAGCCGUUUCCUGCUAGCGGCAGCUGUGGGAAGUAUCGCCCUCCCAAACUCCGAUUUGGAAGAAAUGUCAUUUCUGAAAACACAUCUGUGAAAUAUUUCCGUUUUUCUUACGCAUAGUUAUGAACAAUGUCACCAUUAGUCAGUUGAGUCAGACCUUGGCUCUUAGUGUGUUUACGUUGGCCUGCUAUCAGUAAUGAACGGACUUAAAUCAAGACUUUCCCUCUAUGUAUCUGAAUCAUACAACGUCGAGGCUUUUGCUCAUAAAUAUGUCUUUUUUUAUUGAUGUUGGGUCUGGAACACAUGUAAAUAACUCUGGACGGGGGAAGGGGACAGAGGCAUUUGUAUUUGUAAAGUAGUUGUGUAUUCAUUUUUUUUUUUUCCAGCCUACUUGUAUAAAGUGUUAUGUUUUUACACA